CUCUCCAAGAAAAAGAAAAAAGGAAAAAUAAAAAACAAAUAGGAGCAAAAAGAAGAAGGCUGAAAAAUGCCUAAAACCCUUCCAUCUGUUCAGCUUCACUGUGAAAAAUCACCCAAAAGCUCCAAUGGCGGCCUUCGAACUGCUCCAUCAAGCUCAUCGCCACUGCUCCUACAAAACCCAAUCUCACUUUUCUCCUCUUCUCCCCUCUCAUUUCCACCAAUUCCUCUCCUCUUCAUCAUCCCAAUCACAACCCGAAUCCCCUGAAAACCCGAUUCCAGUCCAACCCGUUUGGUACAUACCCAAGGACUCGCCACAAUCCCUACCUACAGAUACCACAUUUCAAGCUUCUACCCGACCCGAGUCGAAUACCCAAGACCCGGUUAACGCCGAUGGUAAUACGUGGACACGGGAGGAUCUCCGGUACUUGAAGGAAGCACCAAAAAUAACUCCGGUUUCUUACCCGACCCGAGUGGUUCCGUUACCUGAGGAUCGGGUUGAAGAGGAGGGGGGAGUGGAAGCUAAGGGUGAUGAGGAGCUGGAGAGAAAGAGGAGAAGAAUCGAGGCGCAAAAAAGGGCGGCAAUGAGGAGAGUUUUGAAUGUUGAAGAGGAAAUGGUUCCAUUUCCAACAUUGGUUAACGUGAAGAGUAGUGAUGAAAAGAAGAAAAAAGUUGUUUAUGAUCUUAAAGAGGCCAUUCGGCUUGUAAAGAUGGCCAAGUACUUGAGACAAUUGAUGCUAGAUACUAAAAAAGGUACUGUUACCAAAGAUAUCACAAAAGCAGUGAAAGAAGCAAAGCGAGGUGUACCUUUCAAAAAAAUCAAAGCUGCAAUUGUUUAUGUAGGAAUUGGGAAGGUUAGUUUCCAAGAUGAGGCACUGUGUGAAAAUGUUGGCUCAUUUGUACACGUUUUUUUGCGUCAGAAGCCUGGUGGCCUAAAAAAACAGUAUAGAAGAUGGUACAGCAGCAGUAGUGCUGCAAGAUUUCCCUCACACAACCCUCAUCCAAUUCUUCAGUCCUGUGGUCUUCAGCAUUGGUUCAAGAAUUGGCAAGAAUUGAGAAAGAAUAAACUUACAGCAAGCACUUUUGGUCAAGCUGUUGGUUUUUUUCCCAAGCGCAGACCCCAACUCUGGUUGGAGAAAAUCGGGGUGAUUGAACCCUUCUUGGGUGUAUCGGGAAACGAAGAUGGAGAAUGACUGGCUUGCUGCUUCCGCCGACGGUGUAGUUGACAGGUUUGUUUAUCAGUUGCCAUCCAGAGGGGUUUUGGAGAUCAAGUGCCCUUUCUUCAAAGGUGAUAUGAGUGCGGCAACU